AUGAGUUUAGAAUUGUUAUCCAAUGAAUUAUUAUUAUAUGUGUUCGCAUUCCUUGAUGAUGUUCAUCUCUUCCGCGCUUUUUAUGGUCUCAAUUAUCGAUUUAAUUCCUUGUUUUUCUCAUCAAGUCGCCAAUAUCAUCUCGAUUUUCGGUCGAUAUCAAAGAACACUGCUUCAAAUAUUUUUACACAAUAUUUAUCCGUAAUUCCUGAUCGAAUUAUUUCUAUUCAUUUCUCAAACGAUGAUGAAACACCGGAUGCAAUCGAAUACUUUCUUCAUCGAACUAUACCUCUUAGUGUUUUCUCUAAUUUGCGAUCACUUUCAUUUCAUCACAUUUUAUCAUACAAAACAAUCGAAGAAGUUCUUGAAGAACUUCGUCUUGUUCCAAAUCUAACCUGUCUUCGUUUCAAAAAAUGUUAUAUGACGAUAAGCGAAAAACAGCAGCAGGAGAUACUUGAUAGUAUUUGGCAACUCCCAAAAAUAAUUCGUUGUCAUAUUGGCAUCAGUUUUUCCACAAAAACUUCUUUCAAAGAGCCAACAGUUACAUCUUCAUCUUUGAAACAUCUGACCAUACGAUCUGUCAACGUUCAUUGUGCUGCAUUGGCAGAGUUAAUAAAAAAAACGCCCGAUCUUGAAUAUUUAUCCAUAGAAAUUAAUGAACAUUUUAUUGGACAUAAUCUUCAAUACCAGUUUGAAUCACUCAUUUCAUUGAAGCUCUAUGCUCGUGACGCAUCGUUUGGAAUGGGGACGCUUUUGAAAUGUACGCCUAAUUUACGACAUUUGGUUAUUGAAUCUAAGGAUACGUACAUAGGGAAUAUAAAUAAUUGGCUAUGGAACAGAUUGAACGUUGAUCCUGGGCAGUAUACGAGACUUACAUUUCCCUUUUCUAUAAACGGAUGUCAAUGGGAAAAGAUCAUUAUUAGUCAUUUACCAAAACUCAAAACUUUUCAACUCAAAAUAAAACAUCAAUGUUGGACACAUAGUAUAAAAGAUAAUGAAGUUGAUACGUUACUUCAAUCCUUUAAUACUCCCUUCUGGAUCACAGAACGUCAGUGGUUUGUACGAUGUGAAUGGGUUAUGGAUCAAUUUUCACCUUAUUUCUGUCUCUAUACUUUACCCUAUAGUUUUGAGCGAUACGACAUUUUACAUCCUGAAAUUAGAUCUAAAUCAACAUGUCCUAAUGAAACUGAUUACUGGUCUUAUAAUAAUGUACGUCAAUUACAAUAUUACUGCGGUUCAUUAAAUCCAUGUUCAAUGAUAGAUCGAAUUCAAUUUCGAAAUAUAUGUUAUCUUUCUCUGGAACUUCCAACACACAACAUGCUAAACUCUGCUUUACUUACACUGGAUCAUUUGCAAACACUAAAUGUUUUUACUCGUGAUAAUAAUGUUGAAAUACGAAAACAAUUACAAAUAUUAUUCGAUUGUGCACCAUGUCUUAAUGCAUUGAAAAUUACUUGUGGAAAUUUGGAUGCUCUGGAAAGUCUAUUGCUUAGUACGUUUAGUCUUUCUAUACGUCGACUUGAUGUACAAGAAUAUAUUGAUAAUGAACACGAAUAUUAUUUCAAUAGUCAACAAUGUGCAACGCUAUGCAAAAGUUCAUUUGGCAAACAAUGUACAAUGCUUCGAAUUAACGUUGAAGAUCCAAUGGAUGUAGUUGACUUAGUUUAUUCAAUGCCGAACUUAUGUGCAUUAAAUGUUCAGAUUGCCAACGAUACAUAUCGAAUAUCUGAAACGAAACCAUCAGUAGAAGAAGAUGAAGUUCUUAUAUUUUUACGAGAGUUUCUUGAUCUAACUAGCGCGGUAACACGAAAUGAACGGGAUUCCAAUGAAAUUCAAUUAUGGAUUCGAUAA